UAGUGGUCCGACAGGCAUGACGGCGAAGAGAAACUGGGUCACCGAUUGAAAAUCGUUUAUGUCACAGUUCUCCGUGUUGCUAUUACAUAUUACGAGCGAGUUUCAAUGGACAGACGGACUUUAUCGCACAUGCAGACAGGCCAGACCAGCUGUAUAAGGAUCAGAUCAUAUUAAGGCAAACCACAUCAAAGCGGAUGAAACUAGGUCAGACUGAAUCAAACCAGACUYGGAGCAGAUCAGAACGGAGUGGACCAGAGUGGACCAGACUGAUCCAGRCGACACCAGGCGCGUCCAGGAAGCCUGUUCAAGUUUCCUUUCCAGUUGAGGGCUCAAGAGUGGAUGGAAGGAGAUGAUUUUAAUACAGAGGCUGUGAUGAACAUCUGUGAUGACCUGAUGGCAGACCAGCGGAUGGACAUCUCGUCUACAAUGACUGACUUCAUGUCCCCCAGCUCCACUGACCUCAUCUCCAGCUCCAUCAGCACGCCUGGCAUGGACUACAACCGCAAGAGGAAAGGCAGCAGCACGGACUACCAAAUCGAUGGCUUCUCAUUUGAUGACAUGGAUCCAGAUAAGGAUAAACUGGGGAGUGACCACCAGGGCAGGAUUAAGAAUGCCAGAGAGGCUCACAGUCAGAUUGAGAAACGUCGGAGAGACAAGAUGAACAGCUUCAUCGACGAGCUGGCCUCUCUCGUACCCACCUGUAACGCAAUGUCCCGCAAACUGGAUAAGCUGACGGUCCUGCGUAUGGCGGUGCAGCACAUGAAGACACUCAGAGGUGCGGCUAACCCAUACACAGAGGCAAACUACAAACCUUCCUUUCUGUCAGAUGAUGAACUGAAGCAUUUGAUACUAAGGGCUGCUGAUGGUUUCCUGUUUGUGGUCGGCUGCGAUCGUGGCAAAAUCCUUUUUGUGUCCGAAUCUGUGUACAAGAUUCUGAACUACAGCCAGAAUGACCUGAUAGGUCAGAGUCUGUUUGACUACCUUCACCCCAAGGACAUCGCUAAAGUCAAAGAACAGCUGUCGUCCUCAGAUACAGCGCCACGAGARAGACUUAUUGACGCUAAAACCGGUCUUCCUGUGAAGACGGAUAUCACUCCCGGUCCAUCUCGACUCUGUUCUGGAGCCAGACGGUCGUUCUUCUGCAGGAUGAAGUGCAACAGGCCUUCUGUCAAAGUAGAAGAUAAAGACUUCCCCUCCACUUGCUCCAAGAAGAAAGCUGACCGGAAGAGCUUCUGCACCAUCCACAGCACAGGGUACCUAAAGAGCUGGCCGCCCACAAAGAUGGGACUGGAUGAAGACAACGAGCCAGACAACGAGGGCUGCAACCUGAGCUGCCUGGUGGCCAUCGGCCGCCUACACCCCCACAUCGUCCCCCAGCCCAGCCCGGCCGACAUCAGGGUGAAGCCCACAGAAUACGUCUCCAGGCACGCCAUCGACGGCAAGUUUGUCUUCGUCGACCAGAGAGCAACAGCUAUCCUCGCCUACCUGCCCCAAGAGCUGCUCGGAACCUCCUUCUACGAAUAUUUUCACCAGGAUGACAUCAGCCACCUGGCUGAGUGUCACAGACAAGUGCUGCAGAUGAGAGAAAAGAUCAACACCAACUGUUACAAAUUCAAAAUCAAAGAUGGCUCCUUCAUCACGUUAAGGAGCAGAUGGUUCAGCUUCAUGAACCCCUGGACCAAGGAGGUGGAGUACAUCGUCUCUACCAACACGGUCGUAUCGUGUCCGAUAAUGGAAGGAUCAGAUUACCCUCAGUCGGCUGCGUCUCCGCAGAGCAUGGACAGCGUUCUGACCUCAGAGGGUGGGGGGAGACGGGCUUUGCAGACCGUUCCCGGCAUCCCAGGCGGCACGAGAGCGGGAGCCGGGAAGAUCGGACGCAUGAUAGCGGAGGAAGUGAUGGAGAUUCAGAGGAUUCGAGGUUCAUCUCCUUCCAGCUGUGGUUCCAGCCCUCUGAAUAUAACCAGCACCCCUCCACCCGACACCUGCUCACCGGGGGGCAAGAAGAUUCAGAACGGUGGGACUCCUGAUCUGCCGAGCACAGGCAUAAUCCCUGGACCUGAUUCUGUGGGCUACCCUUACUCCAACCAGUCCAUCAUGAGUGAUAAUUCCCACCUGAGCAUAGAUAUUAUGGACGAGCCYGGCUCCAGCAGCCCCAGCAACGACGAGGCGGCCAUGGCGGUCAUCAUGUCCCUGCUGGAGGCGGACGCCGGCCUCGGCGGCCCCGUCGACUUCAGCGACCUACCUUGGCCUUUGUGAGGAAUCCGGAUCUGGAGCCACUGAUGGAGAGAGUUCGGUCAUUCAAAUUUUUUUUUGUCUUUAUUUUUGUCCCCCCCCCCCAUCUUCUACUGGAUCUCCAGUUUUCUGCCGUCUGUACACAACUACACCGAAAAGGAAAAAAAAAAGAAAAGAAAGAGAGUGGCGUCUUAAAAAGAGUAUUUUGAGUCUGUAAAUACUGAAGAUUUUUAUUCCCAGAAGAGAUGUUGUCCAGUUCAGGCUGGACACUCGUUUAGACUUUCACUCCUGCUCUUUUGAUUCAUCAUUCCUCGUAGGUGGGCCUGACAAACCGUUGAGGGGGCGGGGGUUCAAAGCUCCCGCAKCGUUUUUCYGGUGUCGGUUGCCUGCAGAGCGGGCGCGGCGAGAGGCAGAAGUCGUCCAGAUCAUGGAAGCAUACGUUACAGAACUGUGGUGCUAACAUGUGGAUGCUCCUUCUUCGACUGACCUCUGUCCAACAGUGGCUCUGGGACCCCCACCACCGCCAACAAACACAGGUCAAUGACCAACCCCACUCCCCCCUCCCAGAGAAAUGACCCACCCAGGACUCCAAAGACUGCAGUUUGUUGUGGGAUCAAGUGUUGUUCAGUGGGGAGCGCUUGUUUUCUGCUCCACGCUGCGGUCGUUUAUGUCCAGGUUUCCCCGUAACUGUGCACAAAUGAAGCGCCACCCCCCCAUCUAAAGACGGCUGUUCCAGCCAGCUGGAAGCAAACUUAAAUCGGUUUSAAAGUUUACUUUGAAUAAGCAAGGUGCAUUCUAGUUUCGGGCAUCGGUUUUUUUUUUAUGAAGCCGCUUUGCUGAUGUUUCCUGAACUAAUCUGUACGUGAAAAAGGGUUUCUUCCCAACUAUUCUGCAAAAAACAGAACAUUUAACCCAACACAGCCUGCAGUGCUUCACGUGAAACGUAAUGAAACGGUGAUUAAAAAGCAUAAAUUCAUAUCCUAGAAUGUCUUAACAGGUCCCAGAAACACUAUGGAAGCCAGACCUUUGAUGCUUUUUCAACAUUUAAAAAGCUCUGCUAAAAUCACAAGGUUGUCAUUUCUCCCUCCGUCGUCAUCCGCCGGCCUCAAAGAUUUGGUUGUAGCUCAGCUGCAAUAGUUUCAUUCCAGGUGAAGCGAUUAUAUGUUGAUUUGGACUCAUUUUUGUCGGUGUGGCGUGGAGGAAUGACAUCCUCCUUCAUAAACCUGAAGGGGAUUUGAAGGAGAUCAGAAUGCCACUGCGCUGCUUUCCAAACUGCUGCAGCAAAGAAACAGACCUUAAUCCAAUAACAAGCUUCAUAGAGUCAGGUUUUUUUUCUUUUAUAUAUAUCUAUAUUUGUAUUUCAUCUCUUUUUAAGAGUAAUAGACAAUGGGUCACAGGGUUUGCACUCACACAUCCUCCAUCUGCUCCAAAGGAAGCACUUCAGGCUGCAUGUGAGGAGAUUCUGUUCUGUUCAACGGAUUUUGGCUCAAAUUUCAUUCACAACCUUCCUGAUAAAACAACUUUAGUUUGUGAACUUGAAAGAAAAAAAGCAGUCCAGUGUCUUAAAUUCGAUCAACUUGACUCCUUAAAAAGUGAGCAGAUGUCGCGUCGGCUGCACUCUGCUGUCAAUCAAACUACCUGCUGAAUGAGACGGAUCCGAUCCGCCUUCGUUAGAGACUAAAGCCUCUGAGUAAAGUUUCGCUCUAGUGUCCGGUUCUCUGCUCCAUCAUGACCGCCACCUUCACCAUGACCUCAUCGCCUCGCCAGAUCACACGCAGCCACCGAGACGGGUUUGUUUUACUCAGAAAAGGUUUGAGCAUCUUGACGCCUGCCUGUGUGGGGAAAAAAUCCCAAAAGUGGAUUCUGCAACUAAAUGUGGCUUAUUUCUGAAAAACGUUGAACUUAGAUUAUUAAAAGCUUUUUUUUAGUAUUCUGGCAGUAUUAUUAAAAGUAGAUUUAAUUUUUUCCCCCUUAUUUCUAAUGGGAUUAUUUAAACUAAGAAAUGCUAAAUACUAAAGAUGGAAACCUGCUUUUUAAUUUAAAAGAAGACUUUAAAACAUGCACAGCACUGGACAGUAAAUACUGUUCAGUUUUAAAUAGUGGAGAUUUUGGGGKUUUUUUUUGCCUCGUCGUUUGGCAAUUUUGUUCCAUCUUUAGCUGGAAAUUUAGGAGCGACGUGUUUAUCUGUACGUCAAAGUCAAAUUACACAGUUGCUUUGACUUCUGACAACUUAAAGUUGUUUUUUUUAUAUAUAUAUAUAUAUGAAAGUUAUACUAUGCUGUCAGAAAACUGUGCCUUGCCGACAUAUUCACACCCCUGGACUUUAGUCACAUUUUGUCCGGUUCCAAGUACUUUUUUCAAAUAAAAAUCCGAUGAUGAGGGGUAAGUUGAUCUCAGACGGAUCAAUACUUUUUUUGCCCGCAGAUUCUUAAUGGAAAGGAUUCAGUUGUAGCUCUGGCUCCAUCGUCAAUCCUCCUAAAGGUUCUCCUUCAGUGUUUCAAUAUUUAUUCUUAUAUGGCUUUCUUCAACAAUAAAAGCAGGUUUAAUGUGACAAAAUAGAAAAAGGGUAUAAAAUGAUGGCUCCAGUAUCACUCAGUGUAAAGACACUUGGUUAUCCUGCUUAGAUCAGCAGUUUUUUCCCAAACGGUUUUUGGAAGCAAAAUAAAUGCAACCGCGCUUUAGUUGAGCUUUUUUUUUUUUUUUACAAUACUUUACAAUUACGAGCUUUUAUUUUUGUUUGUUUUGUUUUUUUGCUCAUUUGUCUACAUUAUUCACGAAAGCACUUAACUGUAAAUAAAAAUCUACGGAUACCGAUGGUUUAAGAACAUGGUUAAAUAACAGAGAUACAAAUUGGAGAAGGGACAAAUUUCUCCAGAUCAUUGAAAUGUAAUUACAGGAAAUUAAAACUGCUGCUUUUUUUUUUUUUUCUAGCUCAUGUUACUCUGUAGCUUCAAAAAUAUUUGUUUUACCAAAUGUAAUGAAAGCCGUUGAGGCGACCAAACCACAGCGUUUGAUCCAAACUCUGGAGCGAUUCUUGCAGUGCACGGCACUUAUUUUUACGGUCAAAUUGAGACAUUCCUCUUGAAAUGCUUUUACCUUCUAAGACCAGCAGUAACCCUUGAAAUUAUUUAACUCAAGAUUAUCCAGAUUUAAUCUCCUGCCAACAUUGUUUUAUGGUUAAAAGCAAAUAUGACAUCCAGGCUUAUAAAAUCUGAUGCAGAUGAAUCGCAAGUGUUAUUUUUUUACCAUGCAGGUGGAACGUUUUGAUGCCCAACUCUGAAACCUUUGCAGUUCUUUAAGUUUUUAUUAUUAUUAUUAUUAUUAUUAUGCCCUUUCCCUCCCUCCAAUCAGAGAGCAGCUGGCGAGGCGGCCUCCGUUUCUGUCCCACUCGGUUUCUGAUUCAGUGUUUGUACUCUGCACACUACAAGAAAGUGUUUCCCUUUGUUUAUAUUACUCUCCCCACCUGACAAUAAUGUAUCAAAUCUUUAAAUAUUAUCAUGUUAAGAGUAUACUUUAUGCAAAUAUAUAUGAGUAUGAAGAGUGUGUUGUAUGUAUCAGCAGUGAAAUAUUUUUAAAAUAAAAAAAAUUAUUUGUUUCUGUCAUA